CCUGAACUGUGGGCUGAGGGGCGGAUAAGCUCAGCGGCGGAGAAGCAGCGGGCAGCGCAGGGGUUGUUCUCGCCCGCUCCGACAUGGCCGGACAGCAGUUCCAGUACGAUGACAGCGGCAAUACGUUUUUCUACUUUCUUACGUCCUUCGUAGGUUUAAUUGUCAUCCCGGCCACCUAUUACCUCUGGCCGCGGGAUCAGAACGCAGAACAAUUGCGGUUGAAGAGCUUGCGGAGAGUUCACGGAAGAUGCCUGUGGUAUCGCCUCAGGCUUAUGAAAUCACAACAGAGCAUUGUCCCAACACUAAAAAAAGCAGCACUGCUGUUUGGCUGGGCCGUAUUUAUUUUCCUGGCUUAUAAGGUGUCCAAGUUAGAUCAUGAGUAUAAGGAAUAUAAUCCCUUCGAGGUCCUACAGCUUGAUCCGGGUGCCUCAGUGUCCGAAAUCAAGAAGCAGUACAGAACGUUGUCCCUAAAGUACCACCCGGACAAAGGAGGAGAUGAGGUCAUGUUCAUGAAGAUCGCUAAAGCUUACUCAGCAUUAACCAAUGAUGAAUCGAAGAAAAACUGGGAGACCUACGGCAACCCAGACGGCCCUAGAGUCACAAGUUUCGGAAUUGCUCUUCCUGCAUGGAUAGUUGAUCAGAAGAACUCCAUGCUGGUGCUGCUGGUCUAUGGUUUAGCCUUCAUGGUCAUUCUUCCAGUGGUUGUGGGUACAUGGUGGUACCGUUCCAUUCGCUACAGCGGCGAUCAGAUCCUUAUCAACACAACCCAGCUCUUCAUGCACUUUAUGUACAAAACACCAACGAUGAACAUGAAACGGCUAGUAAUGGUGCUCACGGCAGCCUUCGAAUUCGAUCCACGUAGCAACAAAGAAGCCAUUAUAAGACCGACGGACAACAUUGAAGUUCCUCAGCUGAUUCGAGAGCUGGGAAACAUCAAUGUGAAGAAGAAAGAGCCUCCGUUUUGUUACCCCUACAGCCUGAAGGCUCGUGUGCUUGUCCUCACGCACCUUGCCCGGAUGGAUGUGUCAGAGAAUAUUGAAGAAGACCAGAGGUUCGUGGUAAAAAAGUGCCCUGCUUUGCUUCAGGAGAUGAUCAACGUCGGUUGCCAACUCACAAUGAUGGCUACCAGCAGAGGAGGGUUCCGCGCUCCCAGACUUUCCUCUAUUGAGAACUGUAUGAAGCUGAGCCAGAUGGUGGUGCAGGGGCUCCAGGAGGCAAAGUCUCCUUUACUGCAGCUGCCCCACUUUGAGGAAGAGCACCUCAGAUACUGUAUCUCCAAAAAGUACAAGGUACGAAGCAUUCAGGACCUGGUGAGCCUGAAGGACUCGGACAGGAGAAACAUGCUGAGGUUUUUGGGAGAGGAGAAGUAUGACGAGGUUAUAGCGGUCCUCGGAAGCUUCCCUCACAUUACCAUGGAAACCAAGCUUCAAGUGCUGGAUGAUGAAGACAGUAACAACAUCACCGCAGGAUCCAUCGUCACGGUUACGGUUACCUUGACACGGAAGAGGAUGUCCGAGGUUUUCGAGAAGGAGCAGGAGACUCCGGCGCCUGCGGAGGAGACCACCACGGAGGAGGCGCAAGGUGAUGGUGCGAAGAACAAAAUGAAAGUCUGGCAGAACAAGAGUAAAGGCGCUAAGAAAGCAGCCAAGUCCAAAAAGAAGAAACUGACGAAGAAAAAGCCAGUCUCUCAGCAGCAGGUCAAAGGGGACAAGACCAAACAGGCCAACGGCAAUGUCGCAGGAACCGAAACGCCAGCAGCAGCCAAAGAGGAAGACGAAGAGCUCUCGGACAAGGGCAGCGAAUCAGACGAAGCGGAGCCGAACAAGGACUCGCCCAGCGAGAGAGAUGAUGAGAGCGACAAGCAGAGCGACACCGAGGCAGACGAGGUCACAGGAGACGACGAGCAGGAGUGGGAGGCCCUGCAGCAGAGCAUCCAGCGGCGAGAGCGAGCCUUGCUAGAGACCAAGUCGAAGAUCACGCAUGCCGUGUACAGCUUGUACUUCCCAGAAGAGAAACAGGAGUGGUGGUGGCUCUAUAUCGCUGACCGCAAAGAUCAGACCCUGGUGUCUAUGCCUUACCACGUCUGCACUCUAAAAGACACCGAGGAGGUCGAGCUGAAAUUCCCAGCUCCAUCCAAAACAGGGAACUAUCAGUUUUCAGUUAUCUUGAGGUCAGACUCAUUUAUGGGCCUGGAUCAGAUUAAACCGCUGAAGCUGGAGGUUCAUGAAGCGAAGGCCAUGCUGGACAACCAUCCACAGUGGGACAUCCCAGAGACCGAAGAAGAAGAGGAGGACCAGGAGGACAGCGACGGAAUCGAGGAGUCAGAAGAAGAUGACGAGGACAACGACUAAACCCAGCCGACUCGAUGCUAUUCGAUUCGACAUGAACUGACUCACACACACCCAUGUGCCCUGUCAUGUUUUCACUUACACCCAUACAAAACUUUGCAGCCAAAAAAGCGCCGCCAUACACAAUGUAAACACAAACACGUGACGUUUAUAAAAGGUAUGUCAUGGCCCAUCAUGGUACCUUUUUUUAAAAAAAAACUAAACAAAAACAAAAAACACUCAUGAUCUGUUUACUUUGAAAUCCAAAAUGGCUGCCUGGUCUCUUUCAUGAAGUCCACCCUGAGGACUAGCAUUUAACAGAAAUAAACAGACUGCUUACUUAAAAA